AUGCUGGCUGGGUCAGCCGCGGGGCCCGGAUCCUCGCCCUGGCGUAUCCUCGUCCUGCUUCAGGAAGUUGACCGCUGGGAUCCGCUCUCUGCGCGUAGCGGGCCACGGGCUCAAAGUCAGAAAAUGAGAUACAAGACUUCCUUGGUGAUGAGGAAAAGAUUACGGCUUUACCGAAACUCCCUAAAAGAGUCUAGUAGCAGCUCCGGACACCAUGGCCCCCAGCUUGCUGCCGCCUCCAGCCCCUCGGUGUUCCCGGGCCUUCAAGAGCAGCCACCGCAGGCCUCCCCCAGCGGCACUUUGAACGGACUCCUGCGUCUGGGGCUCCCUGGAGACAUGUACGCGCGGCCCGAACCCUUUACGCCGGGACCGGUGGCCCGCAGCGACGCCCUGGCAGCUGCCGCGGCCCUGCACGGCUACGGGGGCAUGAACCUGACCGUGAACCUCACGGCGCCCCACGGUCCCGGUGCCUUCUUCCGCUACAUGCGCCAGCCGAUCAAACAGGAGCUCAUCUGCAAGUGGCUGGCAGCCGAUAGCCCCGCGCCCCCGCGCCUCUGCUCCAAAACUUUCAGCACCAUGCACGAGCUGGUCACGCACGUCACCGUGGAACACGUCGGCGGCCCGGAGCAGGCCAACCACAUCUGCUUCUGGGAGGAGUGUCCGCGCCAGGGCAAGCCCUUUAAAGCCAAAUACAAACUUGUAAAUCACAUCCGCGUGCACACGGGCGAGAAGCCCUUCCCCUGUCCUUUCCCGGGGUGUGGGAAGGUGUUUGCUAGAUCAGAAAAUCUCAAAAUACACAAAAGAACUCACACAGGGGAGAAGCCCUUCAGGUGCGAGUUCGAGGGCUGCGAGCGGCGCUUCGCCAACAGCAGCGACCGCAAGAAGCACUCGCACGUGCACACGAGCGACAAGCCAUACACGUGCAAAGUGCGCGGCUGCGACAAGUGCUACACGCACCCCAGUUCUCUGCGUAAGCACAUGAAGGUGCAUGGGCGCUCGCCGCCGCCGCCUAGCUCUGGCUACGACUCAGCCACGCCGUCUGCCCUGGUGUCGCCCUCAUCGGACUUCGGCCGCGACCCGCCGGUGGCCUCCUCGGCGGCGGUGGCGGCGCGUGGCGCCGACCUGAGUGAAUGGUACGUGUGUCAGGGCGCGGGCCCCUCCGCAACCGCCCCCGCCGCACCCCCAAAGCCCCAGCCACCACCUGGUCCCGCCGCUGCCGCUGCCGCCACCGCCUCCGGUUUUAGCGCUGCUGCUCUGGUUGCCGCUUCCGGUACACUGACUGCUUGUCUAGGCGGGGUUACUGAGUCUUGA